AUGGAGGCCUCUCAUCGUGAUCCACCUUCUUCCGACGCAAGCGGCGGCGGCGCAUCUGCGCGGCAGUUUCCAUGCCUGUUUUGCAACAAGACGUUCCUCAAGUCACAGGCGCUGGGCGGUCACCAGAACGCGCACAAGAAGGACCGCUGGAACCCUUCCGGCAACUCGUACGCCGCCAGGCUCGAGCUCGACGCGCUCGCGGCCCGUCCUGCACUUCGUCCCGCCGCGUCGACGACGACGCCACUCGUGGCAGGCUGUCCACAGUGCGCUGGGAUUGUCACAGUUGGCCCCGCGCUGCGCUUGGUGGAGCUGGAGAGGAAGGCUGGUGGGCACGCCCACGCGCCGGCGGCCAUGGACGGCGGUGCCGACCACCACUACGACCACGGCGCCGGUCUGGUCGAUGGCGACGUGUUCAACUGGACCCGGAGCACGCAGCAGGCCCCUGCACAGGCGACGGCGAGCACCUUCGCCGCCAGGGGCAGCGAGGAGCCCGAUCUCGAGCUGAGGCUCUAG